AGCACUCGCUGCAAAAUCCUAUUAUCUGCCUUGUUGUCCCACAAGCUAGUUUUUGGUCAUGUCAAUUACCACAUCCAUGGACGAAUGUCAAGACCAGUUGCAGCAUCGCGAGUCUAAACCUAUUCAGUAUUAUCUAGUACAAGUAAAGGAUACAUGGACACGAAAUAAUCGGAAAACGUUGAAGAACAAAAAUGAACGAUUGUCAUCUGCUGAAAUACAUGAGUGCACUGAAGAAAAGGGGACUACCUGGACGGUGGUCAGUCCCAUUGUUUUCACCUAUCAGGUAACAGAGACCCCAAACCUGUUGGAUCCCAGCAAUGAUGCCCUUCUGACAGGCCACAUCAGAGAUCCCCAUCAGCUGCAGAUCCUGCAGAACAACCCCAGGCCCCUCAAGCGCUUCGUGGUCAUGGACGAGACCGUGUUCAAGCUCUACGGCUCCCAGGUCACCGACUACUUUGAGAGCCGCAAUGUCCUGCACAGGAUCCUUGCGUUGCCCACCACAGAAGAAAACAAGUCAAUGGAGAUGGUUAUUAUGAUCCUCAAUGAGGUCCACAAGUUUGGCAUCGACCGGCGCACAGAGCCGAUCAUCGCCAUCGGUGGCGGUGUGUGUCUUGAUAUUGUGGGACUUGCUGCUUCCCUGUACAGGAGACGCACUCCUUACAUUAGAGUACCAACCACUCUCCUCUCUUACAUUGAUGCCAGCGUGGGGGCCAAGACUGGGGUCAACUUUGCCAACUGUAAAAACAAGCUUGGCGCGUACAUCCCCCCUGCUGCCGCAUUGUUGGACAGGUCCUUUCUUCAGACAUUACCACGAAGGCAAAUCUCAAAUGGGCUGGCUGAAAUGCUCAAGAUGGCGCUGAUGAAGCACAGGGGGCUGUUUGAGCUGCUGGAGAAGCACGGCCAAUACCUGCUCGACUCCAGGUUUCAGUCUAGCCCCGGGGACUCUACCCCAGUAGCUGCGAUCACCACUAAGGUGGCCAUUUUGACCAUGCUGGAGGAGCUGGCGCCCAACCUCUGGGAGGACAACCUGGACAGACUAGUGGAUUUCGGUCACCUCAUAAGUCCGGAGCUUGAGAUGAAAGUGCUUCCAGCGCUGUUGCACGGGGAGGCGGUGAAUGUCGACAUGGCCUUCAUGGUGUACGUGGCCCAUGAGCGAGGCCUGCUGACGGAGGACGAGAAGCUGCGGAUCGUCAACUGCAUGCUGGCGCUGGAGCUGCCCGUGUGGCACCGGGACUUCACCCUGGCCCUGGUGCAGCGGGCGCUGGGCGAACGCCUCAAGCAUUCGGGAGGACUGACGAGGAUGCCUUUGCCCACCGGUCUUGGCUGUGCAGAAAUCUUCAAUGACACAGAUGAUGACACGCUGUGCCAUGCCUACGAAAGGUGGUGUGAUGAGUUGGGAUCGGGCCUUAUCUAGCGAUAUGCCGAGUUAAUGUUUGACCUCCUGUUUACCCUGUAUUGAUCAAUUCUGUUUGAACAACAUGAACAUUUGUUACAAAACGGGAUCAUUGUUAUGUUGUAUUGCCACGUGUGAGAAGGUAUUCCUAAAAAGCACAUAAACAAACCACACAGACCAUGCAAGAACAAUACUGUAUUUUAUCAGCUGUAUUUUAAAUCGCAUUGUAGAUAUGUUACACAUGUUCAUUCUCUUUUACAUUAAUGUAAUGUUUGUUUCAAACUGAAGUGCAUUUUCAAGAUGGAAAGAUGGUGGAAGAUGUGUCUUUCAUUGAGGUGGAGGGUUUUUUUUUGUUGGCACCUCCCUUCCCUCGCAAUAGGUUUUGCAUUCCCUUGCAAUCGUUUUCCAUUCCCUUGGAAGCUUCCGAGGGAAGGCAAGACAUAUGGCAAGAGAACACAAAACUAUUGCACAGGAAUGCAAAAUAUCAAGGGAAAUAUCAAGGGAGCACAACUGUUGCAACCGUCCUGCCUCAUACUCAAAUCUCCGAUCUUGACCUUUCAGAAGGUCAGUAGAUGAGAAACGUAAAUAACUGUAAAAAACUGGUGUCAGUCAGAGAAAUCGAAUGUCUGUUGAUUUUAUGUUAUUACAUUGGUCUCAUAUGCUUCAAUAAUCAACAUUUUGUCAAAUGUGCUUUAGACUUUGUUUUAUUAUUAUUUGAGACAACAUUGUUGUAUUAUUAUCCAUAGUUGUUGGAGUAACAGUGUUUCUUGAACUUUUUCAAAUAAAACUCAACCAAUUCAA